AUGUAGAUGGUUAAUGUCUAUCGAGUACAUCCACAUUCUUGCUUCCUCUACCUGGGCAGUAUCCUGGUUGAUGAAUAUGGAAUGGAAGAAGGCUGUCGACAGGGACUUCUGGACAUGGUGCAGGCCUUGUGCAUGCCAACAUUUCAACUGCUCGAACAGCCAAAUGGCCUUCGGGAUCACCCAGACACAGUGGAUGAUCUUUUCCGUCUAGCAACCAGAUUUAUUCAGCGGAGCCCGACCACACUUUUACAGAGUCAGAUCAUCAUUCACAUCCUGAACUGUGCCAUUGCAGCUGUCAUUCUUGACCACCGGGAUGCCAACUGCAGUAUCAUGAAGUUCUUGAGGGAUCUUAUCCACACGGGUGUUGCCAAAGAUCACGAGGAUGACUUUGAACUGCGAAAGGAACUAAUCAAACAGGUGAUGACCCAACAUGGUCAACAACUAGUCAAUCAACUGCUCCAGGCUGUGUGCUUCUGCCUUCCCCCGUAUACCUUGCCGGAUCUAGCAGAGGUUAUAUGGGAAAUCAUGCAAAUCGACAGAGCGACCUUUUGCCGAUGGUUGGAAGCUUCACUCAAGUCAUUACCUAAAGAGACAGCAGGGGGUGCUAUCACAGUAACACACAAGCAGCUGACUGACUUCCACAAGCAAGUCACCAGUGCUGAUGAAUGUAAGAAAGUUUGCUGGGCUUUGAGAGAUUUCACACGCCUCUUCCGAUAGCUGUGUUCACAAAUCCAUGACUUGCAUCAGUCUCCCAGAGGACUGUGUCUCAAAAAAAAAGACCGGAAAUGCAAAUCAAUAUGAACCCAAAAUGCCAUGGCCGGUUCCCAGCGAGAGCAAACGGGGCAAAAAAUCACAAGCAGAGGUCUGUAGGCUGGGAGAAAAGUGCCAAACUCCCUACUGCAUAACGCCACAUGGGUGCAGCCUCCCUGGCAUUGUGCAUCAGGGCAUGCAGAAAUGGGGUAGUCCAGGAUUUUUUGCCCCCCUCCCAGCUUCAAGAUGGCUUCAGCAGGGGAUCAACAGCAUGCCAAAAUGACAGGUGGUGGAAAUUAUGUUGCCUCAAGCUUGUAUGUAAAAGGAGGAUCUAGAAUAAACCAGCUUUUAAAUCA